CCGUCCAUACGUAGAAGGGUUCUAAAUUUUUAGUGACUGAAAAUCGGCGAAGGAUACCCUUUUUUGGUGUAUUAAAUGUAUGAAGAUUUAUAAAGGAAAAAAGGGUCAAAACAUUCUGAAGGAAGAGAACCUCUUGUCUGGAGAGCAGGCAGUGGAAGAGGAAGAGAAAAGAGAAAGAAAAUAACUGAUAAACGGUUUGUAGAGAGAGAGAGAGAUGGGGAGAGUGCAAAGGAGAGAGGAAGAGACAGAAGGAGUGGUAAUGGCAAACGACUUUUUCUGGUCAUAUACAGAUGAGCCUCAUGCGUCAAGGAGACGUCAGAUCCUCUCUCAAUACCCUCAAAUUAAAGAGCUCUUUGGCCCUGAUCCUUUGGCUUUCCUUAAGAUUAGUGUGGUUGUUUUGCUUCAGCUGUGGACCGCAACUUCCCUACAUGAUGCUGGCUGGCUGAAGAUAUUGGCAGUUGCCUACUUCUUUGGUUCUUUCCUCAACCACAACCUCUUCUUAGCCAUUCAUGAGCUCAGCCACAAUCUUGCUUUCUCCACUCCUGUCUACAACCGUUGGCUUGGGAUUUUUGCUAACCUCCCUAUUGGUGUGCCCAUGUCUGUCACUUUCCAGAAGUAUCACCUUGAGCAUCAUCGUUUCCAAGGGGUAGACGGCAUGGACAUGGAUGUCCCAAGCUACACCGAAGCCCAUCUUGUGACUAAUGUUGUAACAAAAGCCAUAUGGGUCAUCUUCCAACUCUUCUUCUAUGCACUCCGCCCUCUAUUUCUCAAACCGAAGCCCCCUGGUUAUUGGGAGUUCAUCAACUUAUUUGUUCAGAUUGGUCUUGAUGCAACCUUAGUUUACUUUUGGGGCUGGAAAUCUUUUGCGUAUUUGAUACUUUCAACAUUUGUUGGGGGUGGAAUGCACCCAAUGGCCGGCCAUUUCAUCUCUGAGCAUUACAUAUUCAAGCCUGACCAAGAGACAUAUUCUUACUAUGGUCCCCUCAAUCUUUUGACAUGGAGCGUUGGAUAUCACAAUGAGCACCAUGACUUCCCAAGGAUCCCUGGGAGCAAGCUGCAUAAGGUGAAGAAGAUCGCCCCUGAAUAUUACGAGGGCUUAGAGUCGUAUAAAUCUUGGAGCCAGGUUAUUUACAUGUAUGUUAUGGAUAGUACCGUCGGGCCUUUUAGCCGAAUGAAGAGGAAGCUCUCUAAAAAAUCUGAAUAGGUGUUUCCCCAUUUUUUUAUCUUUUUUCUUGUCCACCCUUCUUGGUUUUAAUAUGGGGAUACUACAUUUCUCUUCCCAAAUUUUGUGAUUGUAACAUUCUUGAGGAAUCAAGUUUUUAUUGUGUAGUCUUUAGACGAAUGAGUUAUUUAUUCAUUGAUUAACCAUUCAGAUCA